AUGAUUAAUCCUCACAACGUGUUAAAGGUACUAUCUAACCUAACAUCGAAUAAAAUAUCCCUUAAUUCACUAUCUCCGAUCAAUAAUGAUGAAGAACAUGUCACAUCAAAUUUAUAUACAUGUUUGGAGUCCAUUCUGGAAAGUAUAUCUCACAUAUUUGAAACAGAAAAUACAUUGGAUCAUGACGAUGAACUAUUUGAUGAAGAUGUAGAGAAUUCCUCACCAUUGGCAUUUACAGAUGAAGAUCUUGAUUCAAUCAAAGAUGCUGAUUAUGAAUUAAUUGAUGAAUUUAAUUUACAAAAUCAUUUCUCACUCGAUUACAUGAAACAAGUGGUUGAUUAUUAUGAUGAAAAAGAUCCAGUUACAGGCAAACUAUGGGGUCUCAAAAAGGCUCGCGAAUUACAUUUAACAGAUUUUCAAGCUAGUGAAAGUUGGUUAUGGAAUUUUCAAUUUCGAUAUGAACCAUCAGGACGUAUUGAUGAUAAUGUCAAAAAGAAUUUGUUCCAUGCAAAAAAUAUUCUACUUACUGGUUCUAAAAGUGAUAAAUUAACAUCGUCACUGAUCACUUAUUGGGUUAGUCAAUGUUUAUUUCCAAAUUUACGAUCCAGAAUGUUGUUACUUCUUGACAGUUUACCACGUCAAACCCAUCCAAAAUUUUAUGAAGAAUUGAAAGAUUUUGAAUAUAGGGGCAUUCCGCCAAAAACUAUCUCAAUGAUUCAACUUCUUGAUCUUUACUACAACCGUCAACAUAAGAAAAUUGUAGGUCGUAUAUACGAUUAG